UUUCCUGUGACUUACAACACGUAGUUUCCUCAAACAAACUUAGUUUUGUACAUUGCCAAACUUAUGUAGGUGGAGCUCAUCAUUUUUUCAGGUUAAAAUCUUAAGAGUUGGAGGAUUGCAAAAGAAUAAUGAGUUAUGGUAACAGUGAAUCUGAAAAGUUCAUAUUAGUUCAGUUAACAGUUAACAUAUUGCUCAGAAGUUGAACUAUGAUGAGAAACAAGGUGUGGCACAGAAAACCAUGAAGAAGAAAGAACAUCAUGAUCCUCUGAUGGAUCUUUAGAUGACAUGGAGAAACUGUGUUUCCAGAACCAACACUUCCAGUCAUAAACUCAUUCUGUUCACAGCAUGAAGUUAAAAAAACAUGAAUGUACCAAUUAGUUGAAAUGGAUGUAAUGAUUCAUGUAAGUCUUGUCUAUGUAACACAUGCCUGGAUUUGUGAAUUUUUAACUUUGUCCUUGCUUAUCUUCAGGUCACAGUUUAUUGAGUACAUUAUUGCACUAAUUAGUGCAGCAGGUCUGCUGCUGGUUCAUGCAGACUGAAAAAUCAGGACUCAACUUUGACACAGAUCAAUGUGCCAGCUGUUUAAGAAAUCAUUAACUAUCUGCGUUGUUUGAACUUCUCCUCCAUUUGUCCAGCCAAACUAAUCCGAUUCUCAGUUGUUUUCCUUUCCAGUGCUCACUCCGACUGCCAGGACCUGAUCUGGAGCUCUGGACCUUUUCAGAGUCAUGGGGGUUUUAGAUGUUUUCCUCCAGCUCUCCUCCACCUCUUGGUUGGUGGCUCUGGCUGUCCUGCUGCUGGUCUAUUUCAUUUCCUCCAGCUUUAGUUCUGGAAAACCUGGGAAGGAGCCGCCGGGACCGAGACCACUUCCUCUGAUUGGAAACCUUCUGCAGAUUGACCUGAGCAGACCGUACCACACGUUCCAGGAGUUUUCUAAGAAGUAUGGAUCAGUCUUCACUGUGUAUCUUGGGCCCCAAAAAGUGGUGGUUCUGACCGGAUACCAGACGGUGAAGGAGGCUCUGGUUCAGCACGACGAGGAGUUUGGAGACCGGGAUUCAUUUCAGAUUUUACGUGACUUCAACGACGGGCAUGGGGUUUUGUGGUCGAACGGUGACUCUUGGAGAGAAAUGCGACGCUUUGCUUUGGUAAACCUCAGAGACUUUGGGAUGGGCAAGAAGGCGUGUGAAGACAAAAUCAUUGAGGAGUGUCAGCAUCUCAUUGAGGUUUUUAAGGAUUUCAAAGGAAAACCUUUUGACACAACGCAGCCAACUAACUACGCCGUCUCCAACAUCAUCUGCUCCAUGGUUUACGGCAGCAGAUUCGAAUACAGUGACCCAGAGUUCACAACAAUGGUGGAUCGAACCAACAGGAACGUCCUGCUCACCGCUUCUCUGUCCAUUCAGCUGUACAACAUGUUUCCACGCCUCUUUAAAUGGGUCACAAAGAGGAAGGAGUUCAUAGAAAUGGUUGCAGCCAAUCAGAAACAGAACUUCGCCCUCUUCAGGCGGUUAAAGGAGACGCUGAACCCGGACAUGUGCAGAGGCUUCGUGGACGCCUUUCUGGUUCGCAAGCAGAACCUGGAGGCAUCUGGUAAUAAAAACAGCCACUUCCACAAUGACAACCUGUUAAUGACGGUCACAAACUUAUUCAACGCCGGGACUGAAACAACAUCCACCACUCUGAGAUGGGGGCUUCUCCUCAUGGCCAAAUAUCCAAAGAUACAAGACCGGGUCCAGGAGGAGCUGAGGAGGGUGAUAGGAGAUCGGCAGGUUCAGGUUUCAGACAGGAAGAGUCUGCCGUUCACCGACGCCGUGAUCCACGAGACACAAAGACUGGGCAACAUCGUUCCCACCUCGCUGCCUCACAGAACCAGCAGAGACAUCACGUUCCACGGUUACUUUAUCAAGAAGGGAACCACAGUCUAUCCCGUCCUGGCUUCCGUCCUGCAUGAUCCCAGUGAGUGGGAGAAACCCCACAGCUUUCAUCCUGCUCACUUUCUGGACAAAGAUGGCAAAUUUGUAAAGCGUGACGCCUUCCUGCCGUUUUCUGCCGGUCGCAGGAUCUGCCUCGGAGAGAGUUUAGCCAGGAUGGAGCUGUUCAUGUUCUUCACCACCCUGCUGCAGCACUUCCGCUUCACUCCGGCACCGGGAGUCAGAAAAGACGACCUGGACCUGACGCCACGCGGAGGCAUCACUCUCAGCCCUGCACCUCAUCAACUGUGUGCUGUUUCUCAGAUGUGAAGGAGAAUCAACUGUUUAUGCAAAGCCUUAUUUUAUGAACCUUUAUGUCUAGAGAACAAUCUCAAAAACUAUGUUUGUGAAACAGACACUGUUCAUGCUUAUUAAUCAAUGAAUGAAAAUCAUGCAAUGAGUCUAAAUAAGUAAUAAAAAAGGAUUUUAGUUAAAUGUUUCAUGACAUGUGGCUAAGCUAAGCUUAUCCCAGAAUGUGAUAAACCAGCAAAAAGAUUAGAAUUACAAAGAAGAAUCAAAA